CGGUGCCGGUCAGUCCCGAAGGCUGAGGGGCCGCGGCUGGGUCGAGCAGUGUCAGGAAGGGUGGCCGAGCGGGUCUGUGGCGAGGCGGGGUAGGGCAGCCAGCACCAUGUCUAGGCAGGCGAACCGUGGCACCGAGAGCAAGAAAAUGAGCUCUGAGCUCUUCACCCUGACCUAUGGGGCUCUAGUGACACAGCUAUGCAAGGACUAUGAAAAUGAUGAAGAUGUGAAUAAACAGCUGGACAAAAUGGGCUAUAACAUUGGAGUCCGACUGAUUGAAGAUUUCUUGGCACGGUCAAAUGUUGGAAGGUGCCAUGACUUUCGGGAAACCGCAGAUGUCAUUGCCAAGGUGGCGUUCAAGAUGUACUUGGGCAUCACUCCAAGCAUCACCAAUUGGAGCCCAGCUGGUGACGAAUUCUCCCUCAUUUUGGAAAAUAACCCCUUGGUGGACUUUGUGGAACUUCCUGAUAACCACUCAUCCCUUAUUUAUUCUAACCUCUUGUGUGGGGUGUUGCGGGGAGCCUUGGAGAUGGUCCAGAUGGCCGUGGAGGCCAAGUUUGUCCAAGACACCCUGAAAGGAGAUGGCGUGACAGAAAUCCGGAUGAGGUUCAUCAGGCGGAUUGAGGACAAUCUCCCAGCUGGAGAGGAGUGACCGUCCCCAGGACUUGAGGGUCGCUAGCAGGAGAACUUGUUGGAAUCAGAAGCCUCAGAGCUCCCUCUGCCCCUUAGAACUCAGUGACUGUUUAUCACGGUUGUUACAUAUUCUCCUAACUCUGUUUCCAUUCGCCAGCUAAUAAAGAGCAGACUGUAAUAACAGUCCAUUCACCCCCCCAAGUGUGCACAUUCGGGAGGGAAACUCUUUGCUCCCUUUCCCUUCAGAGGGGUUGGAUGCAAUCAUCUUUGGUCGGACUAGAAAGAGCUCAGCCAGUUUACAUUCCCAUUCGGAUUUUCCAAAGCAAAACCCAUUUUGACCCUGUUAAGAGGCAAGCCUGGCGCAUCUAUUCCUGGGCCUUCGGAAUGCCAAUGGUGAAUGGCUGAGAGAAUCCAGGGUUGUGGGGUGGGGGAGGGGAGGCUGAUGGGGUGGAUAGGAAUUGCUAGUUGUAGUGUGACACACUCUAGUGCUUGCCCGGAAAGGGGAGUUAGGCCAGGAACACGGACUUCUGGGAAGCCACCCAGGUCUUGUUCCUCCCUGCUGUUUGGAGGCGACAUCUCCUCUUUUUAUAGAGGGUCCAUCCUUCUUUCUUACAGAUUCUUCAAUAAAGACACAUUCUUGAGUGAAAUC